AUGUUUUGGGUUGUAAAACUACUUGUUUUGGUUUUAGCCUUAAUAAUAUCAUAUGAAAAUGAUCAUCGGGUUAUAGCUCUUCCACCAUACACUUCCAUAGUCGUUCCAGUUACCAAACGUACCGAUGCCGCUAAGCCUCUCUACAGUGUCGAGAUCAUGACAGCCUCUGUGAAUAUGCGUAUGAUGACUGUAAACUUCCUUAUAGAUAUCGACGCUCCCUUCAUAUGGAACGACUGCAUCAUAAUAUCGAGAGCUGGAAGUUGUCCCACCAACACGGUUUGCGCUUAUCCGAUUAAUUGUCAAGGAUUUCUAUGCUCCAAUGUGCGAACCACUUAUUCUUAUAAAAUUGAUCCCCCUUCUUGUCCACCACUAACCAACAGUUCGACGUUACCUGGUUCGGGAUUUUGUAUUUGCCCAGUCAAUGCGGUGAACCCAGUUACAGGAUCAUGUGCUCAACCCAUACUCAACGAGGAAGGUUUCACGGCCAACAUAAGCAACGGUAGAAAUGUUUUCUCUAUUGCAUUUAACGGCGUCCGUCUUAACGCUGCGUGUGCUACUUCUUCCACUUUUCAAUCAUUCCCUGCAACUGUUACUGGUGUCUUGGCUAUUUCGACCUCUGCAUAUGCUAUUCCGAAUUAUUUAUAUGACCCACUUAAAAGAUCAUUCGCUCUGUGUUUGCCUAGCACCGCCUCGUCCAGUACUCCCGGGGUUCUGUUUUUCGGAGGUGGUCCUUAUUAUCUUCUUCCUCAGUCGGACGUUGAUGUAAGGAGUUACCUUUCUUAUACACCUUUGUUAAACCAUCCAGGUUCUUUCGGAUACUUCAUUCGGGUCGAUUCGAUUGUUAUAAGGUUUUCAUCUAUUGCUAUACCCACGAAUCUCGCUACCAAGCUUAGUACAAUCGACCCAUACACCGCUCUUAGAACCGACAUCUAUAAUAGCUUGGUUCGUAUAAUUUCUUUCUAUACGAUAGGAGUCCCUCGUGCAAGUCCAGUCGCGCCAUUUGGACUUUGCUUCAGGACCUUCCUCCCACUCUUAUUGACGGCCGUUCCUGAUAUCGAUUUGAUCCUCCCGGAUGGGGUGAAGUGGACUAUAUACACCUCUAAUUCCAUCAUACAGGUAUCCAGAGACGUGGCGUGCCUAGCGUUUGUUGACGGUGGUGCGACAUUAGAACAUGCGAUUGUGAUCAGGACAUAUCAACUUGAGGAUAACUUCCUGGAGUUUAGUUUAGAAAAUUCGACUCUCGGGUUUAGUUCUUCACUGUUACGUCGGCGAACUUCUUGUACAAAUUUCAACUUUACUCUGACCAAUAGCGGCUGA